AACUGUCAUUACUGCAAUCGGAAGGUAAAGUUAAACUUUAUAAAUAAAACAUAUGCAAUAAAUUAUAUGCAAUAAAAAUAAUAUUUUGACUUUAUCAUUGCAUUGCCUAUAAUUUGAUACAUUUUAAUGCUACCUAGGUGUAUAAAAAUAUUAAUUUCUAUUUCAAUUUAUGAGUGACUCCAAACAUUUGAAAUCUAUUUAUUUAUUAUUUUAAAUUUAAGAAAAGUAUUAUAUUAUCCACCUAGCCGAUGUACGUGUCAAAGCAUAUUCCUUUCCGCCUGUAAGCGGCAGUGUAGUUGUUGUUCUUCUUGCACAGAAAGGGGGAAAAUCCUUUAAUAAAAACUUUCCUCGAUUGUCCCUAACCCUCACGUCACGGAAAGAGUUACAUUGUUACUUGGUGGAGAUAUAGGAUAUUGAGAGAUACGGUCCCGGCAUAACAGGAAAAAGUCUAUUUUAUUCUGCUAGUACAAGGAAUAGACAGCACCAGCUAAAUGCAUAGGUGUCCUUAAAAUGGAGCAAGUUUUCAAAAGGACGUGGAUUGAGCCCACAAUGCAGUAGGAUAUUAUCACAUCUCUCUUUUCUUUUCUGAGCACUUGUGCUUUAGGUUGGAAGAAAAGAUCGCAACGUUUUGCUGUCGUGUUUUCUUUCUGCGCAUUUGGGAUGUACAACACGCCGUUUCCCUGUUUUCCCGAAAAUCCUGCUCGCUUUGCUGGAUUAGCGAUCAGAUCAGCGCUGGGAUAAGAAGAAGCGAUUUACUCUUUACUUGGAUCCAAACACAGGAAAUGAAGUUAAAAUCGCUUCAGACGAGAUGUAAUGCAGGAAAUAUUUGAACAGAUAUCUUUAGAGAUCACAGACAAAGCAAGUUUUCCGUCAAAAUGUCACUACGGGCCAAAGCACUGUACACCUUUCACAGUGAGAACAAGGACGAGAUCAAUAUCCAGGAGAAUGAGGAGCUGGUUAUUUUUGACGAGAGGGCUGUAGAUGGCUGGUUACAGGGUGAGAACAGUCGAGGGGAGAGGGGCAUCUUCCCAGCCUCCUACGUGGAGAUAAUCCGUCCUCGCUCCAACUCGAACAUAACGGACAACUCAUUGAGCCCUGCAGGAUCUCCGGGCAAUGACUCCUCCUAUUUCCCCUCUACCCCAAACACAUCUUUACGCCUGCCAAGCUAUGAAGAUGAUGAUUGGGAUGACUGGGAUGACUGGGACGACAGCUCGACAGUGGUGGAGGACGGGGAUCCUCGGCAAGGUGUUGGGGCCAAUGGCCAUGCACACCAGAGCUCCUACACCAACCCCAACGUCCACUACCGGCCCAAGCCCCACAUGGAACGACAGGACAGCAUCUCCAGCUCCCGAAAGGGGAGCAUGGUGGGUCGUAACCUCAACCGCUUCUCCAGCUUCGUCCGGUCAGGCGUGGAGGCCUUCGUACUGGGUGACGUGCCAAUGAUGGCCAAGAUAGCGGAGUCGUACACCAUCGAGAUGGGUCCAAGGGGCCCCCAGUGGAAGGAGAACCCUCAGCCUUUCACAUGCUCCAUCGAGGACCCCACCAAGCAGACGAAAUUCAAGGGCAUAAAGACUUACAUCUCCUACAGAGUGACACCGAGUCACACGGGACGUCCUGUGUACCGCCGUUAUAAGCACUUUGACUGGCUCUACAACAGACUGCUGCACAAGUUCACCGUCAUUUCCGUGCCGCACCUGCCAGAGAAGCAGGCCACGGGACGCUUCGAGGAGGACUUCAUCGAGAAGCGCCAGAGGAGGCUGAUCCUCUGGAUGAACCACAUGACGAGCCACCCCGUGCUGUCACAGUACGAGGGCUUCGAGCACUUCCUCAUGUGCGCCGACGACAAGCAGUGGAAGCUGGGCAAGCGGCGCGCGGAGAAGGACGAGAUGGUGGGCGCCCACUUCAUGCUCACCUUCCAGAUUCCAAACGAGCACCAGGACCUGCAGGAUGUAGAGGAGCGAGUGGACUCCUUCAAGGCCUUUGCUAAAAAGAUGGACGACAGCGUGAUGCAGCUCACUCACGUGACCUCUGAGCUGGUGCGCAAGCAUCUGGGGGGCUUCCGCAAGGAGUUCCAGAGGCUGGGGAACGCCUUCCAGUCCAUCAGCCAGGCCUUCACGUUGGACCCGCCAUACAGCUCGGACGCCCUAAACAAUGCCAUCUCCCACACUGGCCGCACCUACGAGAACAUCGGGGAGAUGUUUGCCGAGCAGCCAAAGUAUGAUCUUUUCCAUAUGCUGGACAAGCUCUCUCUCUACCAGGGUCUGCUGGCCAACUUUCCAGACAUCAUUCACCUACAAAAAGGUGCCUUCGCCAAGGUGAAGGAGAGCCAGAGGAUGAGCGACGAGGGGAAGAUGGACCAGGACGAGGCGGACGGCAUCCGCAAGCGCUGCCGGACGGUGGGGUUUGCCUUGCAGGCGGAGAUGAACCACUUCCACCAGCGGCGUGAAGUAGACUUCAAGGAGAUGAUGCAGGCCUACCUCAGGCAGCAGAUUGCCUUCUACCAGCGGGUGGGCCAGCAGCUGGAGCGCACGCUGCGCAUGUAUGACAACCUCUAGACUGGCUACUGGGGAGGUGCUCUUCUGCCCCGGGUCUGCUCCACCCCCCAACUUGUACCUCCCACCACUGUCUCCUUCUCACAAUGCCCCCAAGACUCAUCCCUUCUGCUUUUUUGCACUAGGCAGCCACUCUCCUUCCUACACCUUCUUCCCCCUUUCCUCUCCACAUCUCGUAACUUCUUCACCCUUCACUCCACCCUGUCGAUCUUCCUCAUGUAUUUUCUCUGUGACCCAGAAGAAGAACCACGGGACUUUCCAUUCCUCCUCUGGGACAAAAAGAGGCACCAUCUACCAGCGGGCAGACAUGGUGUCUCAGAUCAGGGGCCCAAGCUUGCUCCACAGAAGGUGGCGUUUUAUUGGAGUGGGCUGGCAUCUGAGUGUUUCCAUGGGGGAAAAUGGGAACGUAACAGCAUCGGCUAGCCGUGUCGUGCUCACUGUCAUGGCUGGAUGCAAGGCCUUAAUGUUUGGUUACCUGGGAAAACCCACAACAUGGAUAUGUGUUUAUUUUCAUUUGUGAAAUUUAUAUGAAUGACCAAACGCAAUUUGCACACACAUCCAUGCAGUUUAUUUAAAUCUGUUGCUUUGUGUAAUGUACUAAAAACUGAGGUUGUGUUGGGAUGGGUGGAAUCUUUUUUCCCUGCAAUCUCUGUAGUUCUCAAAGCAUCAGUUAGCACUAAACACCUCAGAAUGGCCAAGUUACCUAUCCCAAGUUUGAUGCCUCUCCAUUCAUCCACAGGGAAGAGGCCUGCGUGCGUGUGUGUGUGUGUGUGUGUGUGUGUCAGUGUCAGUGGGCGAAAGAGGGAGGGAUUAAACACAGCCCCAGCCUCCUACACUUGGGGGGAAGCAUGUGACACUCCUGGGCCUAUCACAUUUAUUUUAUUACCGCCCAGCCGGUCUGCUUAGGCGGUUUCAGGGUCCUAAAUCACAUCUCCUUUAGGAAUAAGGCACAUGUGUGUAACAGAGGGAAGUUAAAUAACAAAAAAAAUACUAUUUGUAGCCUGAAGUGCCUGAAGGAACCAAAAUGUUUGGUAUUAAAAUGUAGGGUUUUUUUCAGCAGCAGUUACUUGUCUGUUGGAGGUGAGGCAUGUCUUGGCACUUUUUAAUGGUUUGUUUCUUUUCCCAUUUCAGAGGAGCCUGGUCAGGGAACCUUCUGGAUUAUGUCAUGUCUGAAUUUAAAUGCUCGGGCAGUACUGUUCAUUAGUUCCUUAUGUUGAAAUGUUGCAUUGGUCUUAACAUUACUUGAUAAUGUUCUUUCUUGCUUUAAUAUUUGCUGUAUUUUUUUAUUUUUUUGAAGGGAUACCCUGUAGCACAUUAUUUUUUGUUCUUUUGAACAAGAAACGCUCUGUGAUACAUAAUGUCUGUCACCAAAGUCGACGCACCCAAUCUAAUUCCAUGCUAACCUGCAAAUUAGUUUGGUGUCCUGGUUUUACAAGAUCUUUUCACAGGAAAGCUAUUGGGCUCAUUUCUCAGCUUUUUGUACAUGAUUAAUUAAAAAUGGGCCUUAAUGAAAAGUUAACACCAUCUAAACUCUAAGCAAGUGGAAAAUAAGCAUUAUCUAUUAGUUGCUUUGUACUUUGAAUUAGCUAUUAUAAAUUUUGAAAUAAUUUAUCUUAAAAAGCAGAAAAAAGGACUAAUGUUUUCUGUAUGAAUCAGUUCUUGGGCAAAGGUUUCUUAAAUGUUUUUACCAUAAACUCUGGUAACCGCAGAACCACAGAGAAUUUUGGAAUCAUUUGUGCUAUUCAGAAUCAUCUGAACUGCGUGUCAUUGAAAAAAAGACAUUGCAAGGCUUUUUAAGGACAACCGACUGCCUUGGGAUUCUGGGGGGGAAAAAAGCAGGUCACAUGUCAAAUUAAGGAAUUCUGGACCCAGUUUUACGGAGCAAAGCUUAUCCUUUUACAGAGGAAGUCGCAGGUGUGAACUAGAUGUCUCUUCGGUCAUGUGACUUGUAGCCUCCGGACCCUCCUUGUUUAAUGUCACAGGCCUGACAAAUGGUCACAUGGAAACAGCUGUGACAGCGAUGUCAUUCUUUCCGGCUACAUCGCAGCUGUUGCACGCCACAGUGGUGUGGCUCUACCAGACCAAAGUGUCAAACCAUUUAUCGAGGUUUGCGUUUUCUCCCAGGGAUUGAAACAUGUGUUUUGGCCUUCUACUGUAAAUAAGAACGUUUUACAUUCAUCAGAAAGAAAUAAAAAUGGAAAAAAAGUAAA